AUGUGUCUCGUAGCUUAAGGUUUUUAUGAGCUAAUACCCCUCCGUCUAUUCUUUUAAGAGCAUGUGGCAGAGGUUUUUUAAAAACUGGGGGUUGACAAUAAAAGGUAUUGCCAAAAGCACUGAUCUUUGUACUUGUUACACAGUCAGGAAUUCACAGGUGUCCCUAUCACAAAUAUUUGCUGCCAUAAAUAAACAUAUUGAGUAAUUACUGGAAGGAAGCAUUUGUGAUGGACAAUGAUGACAUGCAGAUAUGCCUGCUGUCUUAGCAAGAUAACAUAAUGUUGAAACAGGUGAGAGAUGGAUACACAUUAAAAGGGAGAUUGACAUGCAUGUCUUUUUUUUCUUCUAGGAAUACCAGUGUCAUUUUGAAUUUGAUACAUCCAGAGAAAAAAAAUAUGGACUACACUUUGGCCCUCCUGUUCUCUCUGCUGCAUAUUUUAAGUUUGUGCUCAGCUGCUCCUCUGUCAGUGGACGUUGUGAAGAUGAAAUCCAAAGUGAAAUUGGGGGCCGAACAGCUGGUGGUGAAGCUGAGCAAAGACUUCCAGGUUCCCGCCGGUCUGACUCUCACUCCACCUGCUGAUGAUUUGUAUGGACCCUCCUCCAUUGUGACAGUCUUGGAGGGCUAUAACAGCCUGAUUUGUGACAGCCUCAACGGAGUCGCCCAGGUCAAGACUGAGAUUUCUUCACUGACGGGUUACCUCAAUCAGUGGAGGCAGGGCCACUGCAGUGAGCAGAGGCCAAAGCCCUCAGUGCCGGGGCCGCUCCAAGAGCUGCAGAGUCGAAAAGAGUUCAUUCACACGGUGAGCAUCGAGGCGCUCAUGAGAGUGAAGGAGUUCCUCAGUGUGCUGCUGAAAAAUCUGGAUCAACUUGAGACUUGCUGAGAGACAGACAUUAGGACCGAUAUCUGUAAGUUGCUGGCUUCCUUUUUGGACACCGUUUGUCAGGUCUGCAUCAGUGAUGUCUGACUUCCCACCUGGCCAUGUUGAACUUUUCCUAUGUAUUUUGAAGAAAUUUAUUCUUAUUUAUAUACAUUUGUAUUUAUUGAAAUAGUUUAUUUAGAAAAUAUAUAUUUUCUAACAUUGUCUUAUCAGGAUGUCUGCAGCCUAAAUGUAGCUUCUGCAGGAUUGUUUUAUAUGCAAACUGAUUUAUGCUUUGCACACAAAGAUAAAUUAAGUGUUGGUAAUAUGACACCACUGUUGUAUCAACAAAGCGCUCUCAGUGAUGAACAUGGACGUGUAUAGAAAUUAAAUCAUGAAGCUAAAUGA